AUGAUAGAAGACCGCCGCGGUGGCCCUCCCCAUGCCGCCGUCCUCGCAGCCGUGGUGCUGGUGGUGAUGCUGCUGCCGACACUCAUCGGGGAUCAAUGCGACGCCCUGCUUUCCACCGUAGCCGAGCUGCUCAACCCUUUGGGCCUCCUCCUCCUCCCCAUAACCCUCAUCCUCGCCAUCCACUUCCUCUCCUCCGCUGCCGGAUCAUCUGUCGCCGGAAUAUUCUCCACCGCCAAUCCCAGCUACAUACACACCGCUGGCGGUGGCGCCGGCUCUACCACCGGGAUCGUUGUGUUCCUUCUACUGCUGCUGAUGCUUCUCUGCACUAGAGUGUCCAUCUUUAGCGGCAGCAACGAUGAUGAUUAA